CUCUCUCUUUUUUUUUUUUUUUUUUUUUUUUAAAGUCGACCUGCCUCGUAUGAAGCCUCCCUCGGGGGAACCUCUGCGCCGAGGUACAGGAGUUACGCAAAGAGAGAGAGGGAGCGAGACAGAAAGAGAGAGAGGGGGAAGCCAAAGGCGGACCGUCGAAUCUUGAGGAGGAGGAGAAGAAGCGGGCUGAGGAGAGGCAGCCGGCGGACACACGCACACACACGGGGGAAGAAAAGCCGAGGCAGACGCUGUUUGGCGCUCAUCUCACGCUAUGGAUCCUUACGACGGAGAGCAGAUGUACAUGCAGCAGGAGGACGACUGGGACAGGGACCUGCUGCUGGACCCCGCCUGGGAGAAGCAACAGCGAAAGACUUUCACAGCGUGGUGCAACUCUCACUUGAGGAAAGCUGGCACGCAAAUCGAGAACAUUGAGGAGGACUUCCGGGACGGUCUGAAACUAAUGCUUCUACUGGAGGUUAUCUCAGGUGAACGUUUGGCCAAACCCGAGCGAGGCAAAAUGAGAGUGCAUAAGAUCUCCAACGUGAACAAAGCGCUGGACUUCAUUGCCAGCAAAGGAGUCAAGUUGGUGUCCAUCGGCGCUGAGGAAAUUGUGGAUGGCAACGCCAAGAUGACACUGGGGAUGAUUUGGACCAUCAUCCUCCGCUUUGCCAUUCAGGACAUUUCCGUUGAAGAGACAUCUGCCAAGGAGGGCCUACUGCUAUGGUGCCAGCGCAAGACGGCGCCCUACAAGAACGUAAACAUUCAGAACUUUCACAUUAGCUGGAAAGACGGUUUGGGUUUCUGCGCCCUCAUUCAUCGGCACCGUCCGGAGCUCAUCGACUACGGGAAACUGCGCAAGGACGACCCCAUGACCAAUCUGAAUACAGCCUUCGACGUGGCCGAGAAGUACCUGGAUAUUCCCAAGAUGUUGGACGCAGAAGAUAUCAUUAGCACCUUGAGGCCAGACGAGAAGGCCGUCAUGACUUACGUGUCGUGUUACUACCACGCCUUCUCGGGCAAGCAGAAGGCGGAGACGGCAGCCAACAGGAUCUGCAAGGUGCUGGCUGUCAAUCAAGAGAAUGAGCAACUGAUGACGGACUAUGAGAAGCUGGCCAGUGAUCUGCUGGAGUGGAUCCGGCGCACUAUCCCGUGGCUGGAGAACCGUAUGCCCGAGAACACGAUGCAGGCCAUGCAACAGAAGCUAGAGGACUUUCGCGACUACCGCCGGCUGCACAAGCCGCCCAAAGUGCAGGAGAAGUGCCAGCUUGAGAUCAACUUCAACACGCUGCAGACCAAACUGAGGCUCAGCAACCGGCCAGCCUUCAUGCCCUCCGAGGGCCAGAUGGUGUCGGACAUCAACAAUGCAUGGAGCAACCUGGAGGGCGCCGAAAAGGGCUACGAGGAGUGGCUCCUCAACGAGAUCCGCCGCCUAGAGAGACUGGAUCACCUGGCCGAGAAGUUCCGCCAGAAAGCAGCCAUCCACGAAAGCUGGACAGAGGGGAAGGAGGAGAUGUUGCAACGUAAAGACUUUGAGACGGCGUCGCUGUCUGAGAUCAAGGCCCUGCUGAAGAAACAUGAGGCCUUUGAGAGCGACCUAGCCGCCCAUCAGGACCGUGUGGAGCAGAUUGCUGCCAUAGCGCAGGAGCUAAAUGAGUUGGAUUACUAUGACUCGCCAAGUGUAAACAGUCGCUGCCAGAAAAUUUGUGACCAAUGGGACACCCUUGGGAAUCUGACCAAACAACGCAAUGAAGCACUGCUGAGAACGGAGAAGCUUCUGGAAACCAUCGAUCAGUUGUACCUGGAGUUUGCAAAGAGAGCUGUUCCUUUCAACAACUGGAUGGAGGGCGCCAUGGAGGAUCUGCAGGACUCCUUCAUAGUCCACACCAUUGAGGAAAUCCAGGGACUCAGCACGGCUCACGAGCAGUUCAAGGCCACGCUGCCCGAGGCGGACAAAGAACGUCAGGCCAUCCUGGGCAUCCAUAAUGAGAUCGCCAAGAUCGUGCAGACGUACCACGUCAACGUGGCCGGCAUCAACCCAUACACCGCCAUCAACCCUCAAGAGAUCAAUGCUAAGUGGGACAAGGUCCGACAGCUAGUUCCUCAGCGUGACCGGGCCCUGAUGGAGGAAAACGGCCGGCAACAGAACAACGAGCGCCUGCGCCGGCAGUUCGCCAGCCAGGCCAAUGUCAUUGGGCCCUGGAUCCAGACCAAGAUGGAGGAGAUUGGCUACAUUUCAAUGGAGUUGCACGGCACGCUGGAAGACCAGUUGGCGCACCUUCGGCAGUACGAGAAGAGCAUCAUCAACUACGUUCCCAAGAUUGAGCAGUUGGAGGGAGACCACCAGUUCAUCCAAGCCGCGCUUAUUUUCGACAAUAAGCACACCAACUACACGAUGGAGCACAUCCGCGUGGGCUGGGAGCAGCUUCUGACCACCAUCGCUCGCACAAUCAACGAGAUAGAGAACCAGAUCCUGACGCGGGAUGCCAAAGGCAUCAGCCAGGAGCAGCUCAAUGAGUUCAGAGCCUCCUUCAACCAUUUUGACAGGGACCACUCUGGCACGCUGGGGGCCGAGGAGUUCAAGGCCUGCCUGAUCAGCCUGGGCUUCGAUAUCGCCAACGACGCACAGAAGAGAACGGGGGUGAUGGACGCCGACGACUUCAAGUCCUGCCUUAUCUCCGUCGGUUACAACCUGGGUGAGAGCGAGUUUGCACGCAUCAUGAGCAUCGUGGACCCCAACCGCAUGGGUGUGGUCACCUUUCAGGCCUUUAUCGACUUCAUGUCGCGAGAAACUGCCGACACUGACACGGCCGACCAGGUCAUGGCCUCUUUCAAGGUCCUGGCCGGAGACAAGAAUUACAUUUUGGAGGACGAGCUGCGGCGGGAGUUGCCCCCCGACCAGGCGGAGUACUGCAUAGCCCGCAUGGCCCCGUACACAGGCCCUGACGCUGUGCCCGGGGCUCUCGACUACAUGUCCUUCUCUACUGCCCUCUAUGGCGAGAGCGACCUUUGAAGCCCCUACCCCGCCCGCUUUUUUUGUACGUCUCUGGCCUUAUCUUCCAUUUUCCUCCUCAUUAUUUCCCCUAUUCCUUGGCUUCCCCCCCUCAACCCAACGGCAAGCCGUUUACACAGAGAGAAACACAUUUUUAUUUUCUUGUCAUUGUCUUCGUCAUUCAUAAAUAAAUAAAGUUAACAUAUUUUAUGAUACUGAACAAAAAAAAGGUAUUUUUCUUCACCUGGUUGAGAGUGAGAGAUGGAAAUUGUAAUAAAGAAUCUUUGCUUUUAUGUUCUCUGAUUAUUUUUUUCAACUGAUGUUUCGAUGAUAGUCAGCGGCCACAUCUGUCAAACAGAAAAAGCAUAAAGUGCUAAAAUGUAUGCAUUAAAGGAGCCAUAUCUGAGAAAUGCACUAGAUUAUUCAUUAAAUGGCCCUAAUAUUAAAAUCGACAUUAAGAAUUUUUUGGGGGAAAAUGCAUUUAAAACAGUUCUCAAUCGUAAAGUUGAGAUGUUCCCAUUUUAAACCACAGAUAGAAAGACUUGAAGUUCUUAAAAGAUAAACGUUAUUAUGAGUUAAAAUUAGGGUUAUUCCGAUCAUGUUUUUUUGCUCCCGAUCCGAUCCCGAUCGUUUUAGUUUGAGUAUCUGCCGAUCCCUGAUAUUUCCUUAUCCGAUUGCUUUUUUUUUUUUUUUUUUUUUGCUCCCGAUUCAA